AUGAAUGCAACGACCUGCCUGCGGCAGCUUGUAGAAAAUUUUAGUAAACUGCGAUUAAACAACAGCCAAAAAUUAUUUUAUACAUCAGAAUUAUUAAGUCCGGAAGUUUAUCUCUGGCUUGCGCAAAAGAAGUCUAAGUUACUAGAUUUUUCCACAUUUUGUGAAGAAUUUUUGCUACAAUACGACACAACAUUAUCAAGAACAAGAAAUAAUUUGGGUGCUUCUAUUUCAACGGAACGGGCACCGAUGGGGACAGUUACUUAUUUAAAGGAAUGUUCACCAGAGAUAGGAAAAGCCUUUAUACAAGACAUUAUAAAGAGUCCAAAAGUGUUUCAUGCCGCGAACGAAAAUGUUGUCACCUGGCUAGAACAGGUAGAACAGCAAUUUGCAUUAACGGAAUAG